AGAGGUUCCAGAUUUCAAAGAACCGCUGCAAGGCAGCUACAGCAAGAGCGACCAUCUCCCCUUCCCUCUGCAGCAGUAACGCCGGCCGAUCGAUCAUGGCACCUGCGUCGACGCACGGCGAGCACUUCGCGGAGGUGGUGUUGGUGCGCCAUGGACAGACGGAUUGGAACGUCUCCCGCAUCAUUCAGGGACGGAUCGAUCAGGAGCUGAACGAAACUGGUAGGCAGCAAGCUGCCAAGGUUGCCCGUCGUCUGUCGGAAGAAGCCAAGCCAGCUGCCGUCUACUCCUCUGACUUGAAGCGUGCUUCCGAGACUGCGCAAACGAUCGCAGCGCAUUGCUGCGUAUCUGAUUCUGAUCUGGUGAUUGAUCGGGCACUGACGGAAAGGCACGGGGGAUUGUUCCAAGGUUGGACCUUUGACGAUGCCAAGAGAUCUGAAGCUUACAAGGUUUUCGCACGCGGUGGCAGAGAUCAAGAAAUACCUGGUGGUGGGGAGAGUCUUGAUCAACUUUCCGAGCGCUUAGUUCCCUGCUUGAACGCAAUCGCGGAGAAGCACAAAGGUGAGCGGGUGGUCGUCGUCUCCCAUGAGGCAGUCAUAGAGGAAAUCUGCAGGCACGCCGAUCCAACGAUCUCGGUUGGCAGGAUUCCUAACACCUCAAUCAGCGUUGUCCAUGUCUCUGGUUCCGAUGGCCGCUGGAUCCUGGAGAAGUUCGGGGACGCCGGACACCUAAUCGAAGAUGGCUUCCCGCAGAGUACAUUGUAACCGAAAAUAUGCUGCUCAUGUUCAUACAGACUGUUAAAGCAUAGGUGAUGCCUUCAUUCCUUCCUCCAUUGUAGCUCAUUUGUCCGUGAGAACUUCUAUUUUUAGUCAAUCACCCUGUAAUUUGUGAAAUGUAUUUUUUUUGAAAGUUAAUAGAAACACUACCGUAUCAUAUAGUAAAUUCGUUCCUUCAUGGCUACAAUGCUCUCAUUUGUCAGUGAACUUUUAUUUUAUUUUCAGUGAAGUAUUUUUUUUUUGGAAAGUUAGCAGAAGCACUACCAAGGAGAAGAAGCAGCAGUUCCAAUGUGGACCGAGCAACUGAACUAGCCAUUCUUCUUUCUUUCUUUCCUUUUUCUCUAAACGCUCCCACACCUCGCGCCGCGGCCGCCGCUCCUGCCCCGCAUCACCCCGCUCCCGCGGACGCCGGGAUGGAAGGGAAGGCCGCCGAGACGUGCGCUCGCGCCAGGGAGAUGCACAGCACGCUCCCGGAGGCGAGGCACUGCAACCGCCUGCUCAGGCUUCUCGUGGAGCGCCUGCGAUGGGUGGAUGCCCGGAAGCUCUAUGACGAAAUGCUUGCGGAGGAGGGCGGCGCGGAUAACUACAGCACCUGCGUGAUGGUCAGAGGGAUGUGCUUGGAAGGGCGGGUGGAGGAGGGGAUGAAGCUGAUUGAGGCGAGGUGGGGAGCUGAGUGCAUUCCGCACGCCGUGUUCUACAAUGUGCCGGCGCGGGGACAUUGGGAAGGCGUUGCUUUUGUUGGGCGAUAUGGACACGAAAGGAUUCUUGCCAACUGUGGUGACAUAUGGUUCUAUUGUUAACUGGCUCGGGAGGAAAGGUGAUCUGGAGAAGAUUGGGAGUUUGCUUGCGGAGAUGAGGGUGAGAGGAUUGCCCCCCAAUGUGCAGAUUUAUAACACUGUGGUUGACGCAUUGUGCAAAUGCCAGUCAGCAACGCAGGCAAUGGCUGUUCUGAAGCAACUGUUUGCAAGUGGUUGUGACCCGGAUAUUAUGACAUUUAAUACUUUGAUAUCAGCAUUUUGCCGGGAAGGUGAUGUUCAACAGGCUCUGCAGCUUUUGAGGGAGGCCAUUAGGAGGGAGUUGGAACCAAAUCAAGUUAGCUAUACUCCCUUGAUUCAUGCCUUCUGCAUAAGAGGAGAAGUGAUGGUUGCAUCGGAUUUACUUGUGGAGAUGAUGGGAAGAGGUCAUACUCCAGAUGUGGUUACAUUUGGUUCAUUGAUUCAUGGCCUUGUUGUUGCUGGGCAAGUAAGUGAGGCCUUGAUUGUCCGGGAAAAGAUGGCAGAGAGACGGGUGAUGCCUGAUGCUAACAUAUAUAAUGUACUGAUUAGUGGUUUAUGCAAGAAACAGAUGCUUCCUGCAGCCAAGAACCUUCUCGCAGAGAUGCUCGAGCAAAAUGUGCAGCCUGAUAAAUUUGUGUAUACCACUUUGAUUGAUGGUUUCAUUAGGAGUGAGAAUCUCAGUGAUGCGAGAAAAAUAUUUGAAUUCAUGGAAGAAAAAGGUGUCUGCCCUGAUGUUGUUGGUUACAAUGCUAUGGUUAAGGGAUAUUGUAAGUUUGGAAUGAUGAAUGAGGCAAUUAUGUGCAUGAGCAGCAUGAGAAAGGUUGGGUGUAUCCCAUAUGAGUUUACAUAUACUACACUUAUUGAUGGCUAUGCUAAACAAGGUAACAUAAGUGCAGCUCUUAGGUUCUUAUGUGAUAUGAUGAAGCGGAGAUGCAAGCCAAAUGUUGUUACGUACUCGUCACUGAUAAGUGGAUACUGCAAGAUAAAUGACAUGGACAGCGCGGAAGAUUUGUUUGAAAAGAUGCAGUCUGAAGGUCUAUCUGCUAAUGUUAUACAUUAUACAAUUAUAAUUGGUAGUCUGUUUAAAAAAGAUGAAGUGAUCAAAGCUGCUACAUACUUUGAAAGCAUGCUGCUUAAUCAUUGCUCUCCUAAUGAAGUCACGUUACAUUAUCUAGUUAAUGGGCUCACGAAUAGUAUGCCUUGUAUAAUCAACCUAACCUGCAGUAGCACUGCUAAGGUUAAUAACAAGAGAGCCCUUUUAGAUGUAUUCAAGGGAAUGGUUUCUGAUGUAUUAGACCCAAGGAUUUCAGCUCUCAAUGCUAUUAUCUUUAGCCUAUGUAGACAUAAUAUGCUUGAGAAGGCACUGAACUUGAAAGAUGAGAUGGCUAAAAAAGGCUACACGCCGGACCCAGUGACCUUCCUUUCCCUACUCUAUGGCUUUUGUUCUGUUGGAAAACCAAGCAACUGGAGGGUCAUCCUUCCUAAUGAAUUUCAGCAGGAUGAAUUCGAGAUAAUCUUUAGGUACAAGACAUUAUUUGAUCAGCAUGUAGUUAAGUCAGCCAGCCUUGAGGUCUAUAGAGUCUUGCAGUUAUGUGCUAAGGAGUUUCAGUUCAUACAACCAGCAGACUAGAGAUUUGUUUGUUCUUGACUCAUGGAUUCAUGGUUUUCCUGGCUUCUGGAAACAAGGUGUGGCUGCUUUUGGAAUUUGACUUCAGCAACUGGGUAAUGAGCACAACUCAUGAUCGCUGACAGAGAAUUUCUUCCAGCACUGGAUUUCAAGACUGGCAAUGGUAUUAGCAGGACAAGAUAUCCAGUUGGGAUCUUCUCCUAAAGUGACUGGCAUUGAGAUGUAAAGUCAGAGACUGAUGGAUCCAGAGGUAAAUAAGCUUGAGAACAUUGAAAUGCCUUGGUGAAUGAAUUCCGAGCAACUCUAUGAUGCCCUUGGUAAAAAAAUCGGUCUGCUUCUUCAUAUCACACAGAACUAGGCACACAUGACAGUUGAUACUUCCCCCAUGUAGUGUAGGACAUCAGCCUAAAUAUAAUCUGUAUAUAGUUGAUCAACAUACUGAGUAACUGACCGUUUAUUAAUACAAAAGGCACUGCACAACUGUUCGUCACCUUACCACUAGUAGUAGGAGACAUGUAUCUCAAAUGAUCAAAUGCAGUUCUUUUGAUACAAAACUGUCAAUUGGAAAGGAACCUGAUAGGCAGUUAA